UGUUAUCUUUUAUCAAGCAAUUAUAUUAAUUGUGUUUGCCGUGACGUUACGCAAACGUUUUUAUGCCAACUGUUAGGGCUCACGAAAUAUCGACCGCCGGAAGAAAUGCCCAACGUUAUGUUCCGUGUCAACGUAAUUGAAAAUCCGUUUGUAGAGUAGGUAGAUAAUGAGCAUCAAAUGCGUGACCUGCUCCGGAACGAAGUCGCAAUUUAUAUAACCGUAGCGUUAAUGUCACUUACGUCCGAGAGCGGUAAGUGUGCUAUAGACAUAUCGUUUUACUCUGCCGGGAGAAUCCGUAAUGAUCAGCGCGGAUCAGUGAUUUGCGGCUGGAAAGCGGAUCGAUCCAAUACCCACCGCUAGCACGGUAACGAGCUGUUACGUUGUUACGCGGUUACGUAAAAAGGAUCUACCUGGAUCCCCCACGGGGGCAAUUCCCGAGGAAAGUCCACGCGAGGGCUAUUAUCCGAACCGUGAGCGGUUUACGCGCGGAAUCUGCUACCACCCUUCAUCUAGAACACGCUCGAGUCGGGCCGAUAAAUAAUGAACUCCUGCAGCCAUUUAUCAAGCUCACCGUGGGACAAACGAAUGCUCGUCGAGGUAGCGUCGUCGGCCUAAAUGGGAGAGAUCAACGCGAGGUACCGGCUAGCACCGCGACAUUUCGCGUCGCUUUGCCACCAACGUUACGCAAGAAUCAUGUCCCUUUGACUCGACCGGGAACCGAAAAGCCAAAUGGUAUAUACAAGCAAUCGGCCUUUACGAUUUCUCCGCUUGUAAAGCUAUUGAUGAAACAAACAUCAAGGGUGAAAUGUCGAGGUUUGCAAUUGAAACGGUGCUUAGUAGCGAUCCUUAAACGGUGAAGGGACGCAGCAGACGCUUUCCGAACGUGAACUCUCACCUGAGCGUUCGCCUUAGAAAUGCGAGAGUCAGCUGAUUCCGAUCGCGAUCAGUGCAAUUAUACUGGGCAGUGCGGUCAAUCGCGCAGGAGAUAACGGUGUCCGAAAAAACGGCUCGCGACUUCAUGAUAGUGCUCGCGUUUCGGGCUCGCGGACGUACGAACGAACGUGAGAACUUAUCUCGUGCGUGGUACCGAACAGCGCCAAACGACAUGAGGCGACGGAACAACGGUUCCACUUGCUUCUGCCAGGCAUCAUCGGUCAAGAAAGGUGGCCGUAGCGGAUGCAACGAGACUGAGGCGAACGAGCCACCGGGAUGGUGCAUCUAUGCGGCGGUCGCGCUUGUCGCGGUCGGCUGUUAUCUCAAUGCGCUCGACUGCGACUUCGUGCACGACGAUAUACCGGCGGUGGUGAGAAACAGGGACGUGAUCGGCGAGGCGUCGUGGAGCAGUGUCCUCAACGAUGAUUUCUGGGGUACGCCGAUGGAGAGCAUCAAUAGUCACAAGAGCUAUCGACCUUUCACCACUUUGACGUUUCGGUUGAACUACUUGAUGGCGGGAUUGAGUCCCAUGUGGUAUCACGCCACGAACGUCGCCUUACACGCCGCUGCGUGCAUCUUAGUCACCAGAGUGAGUCUCGUGGUAGCUGCACUUCGGCCGGGAUUCGCAGCGCUCACCGGGCUGUUAUUCGCCGCACAUCCUGUACACACGGAAGCGGUGACUGGCAUCGUAGGCAGAGCGGAUGUUCUAGCGUGUAUCUUCUUUUUGCUGUCCUUUCUUGCCUAUCAUGGCCAGCAGACGGCUUAUGUAUGGUCCAGCGUUUGCUUGGGUGCUCUAUCGAUGUUGGCGAAGGAAACUGGUGUUACUGUUCUGGCACUAAACCUUCUUUACGAUCUCUGUCGUUCCUGGCAUUCAAUCAAGAGGUCUAUUUUCGAAGCCAAGUGGAACGACGAUUCUAGAUAUUUUUCCAAACGUGCUGCAGCGUUACUCGUUUCGUUUAGCAUACUUCUUGUGGUACGGCUCGCUCUACUUCAUGGUACUUUGCCGAACUUCUCCGCGCAGGAUAAUCCAGCUGCUUUUCAUCCCUGUUUCCACGUCAGAUUGUUGACUUUUUGCUACUUGGCAGCAUUGAAUUGUUGGUUGCUGCUGUGUCCGGCUAUACUCUCGCACGAUUGGCAGAUGGGAUCUGUUCCUUUGGUUACAUCUUUUACGGAUACCAGAAAUCUCGCCACCUGUAUAUUCUUCGGCGGUUGUCUGGUUCUCACGUACAAAGCCUUUACGGAUUUCGAGCAACAAAGGCAUCCGCCUCUUGUUCUUGGUUGGAUGUUCCUGGUGCUGCCGUUCCUACCUGCAUCCAAUCUUUUUGUCACUGUGGGUUUUGUCGUGGCAGAACGGGUUUUAUAUACACCAAGUGUUGGGUGGAUUAUUUUGGUCGUCUACGGCAUGCAGGUGAGCUGGACCGCUGUACCACGACGGAAAAGCUGGAUCACUACAGGCGUAGUUCUUCUAUUCAUUUUAGGAUGUUUCAGAACGGUUCUUCGGAAUAAGGAUUGGACAUCUAGAGAAACUUUAAUCAAAGCGGGACUGCGGUCUCUACCCUACAAUGCCAAGAUGCAUUACAACUUCGCAAACUUCCUUAAAGACACGUCGCAGCCGAACCUUGCGGUUCACCAUUAUCAGUUGGCUCUCUGGCUUUGGCCAGGAUAUGCCAGUGCACAUAAUAAUCUUGGAACUCUCACGAUAGACGAUCAAGCGGAAUAUCAUUUUCUAGCAGCUAUUAACGCUCAACCUGGCCACGUAAAUGCUCAUUAUAAUCUCGGACGAUUGUACAGAAGAACGAAUCGAACUGAACAGUGCAUUGAGAUGCUGAGGAGAUGCGUGUCGCUGGAUCCGGCAUACGCACCGGCAUUUAGGGUUCUAGCGAGAAUCGCUACCGGUCCUGCAACAGGCGAGCUCCUGAGGCACGUAAUUCACCUUCAACCACGAAACCCGGACGCUCUCGCUGAGUAUGCUUACUGGUUAUACAAGAACGGCAAAUGGUUGCCCUCACUCCGAUACUAUUUCAAAGCGAUGGAGAUCUUUCCGUCGCACAAACCGUCGCUUAUUGGUACGCUCAGGAUUUUGAGGUCGCGAGGUCAGUGGUCUAGAGUACACCAGCUCAUCAUCAGAUGGCAUUUAAUGUUACGAGCGAAACGAGGAGGCUUCAUCUAUCGCGGAGACUUGUAUAUUCGUGCGUGGGAGUUACAAAGCGAGUCUCGUCAAAGGACUCAUCAACAUCAACGGAAUCUCUGUAUAUCGGAGAAUGGAUGUUCGAGACCGCGCGUGGCCAGCGUGUCGGUGCAACUCGAACAAGACAGCAACAAGUCGGAACAGCUGCAACGGGCGCCGCGUUGUAACGUGCGUGCUUGCAGACAGCCAAGAAAAGGGAAGACGCGUGUAACCGCGCCCACCCUGCUCGUGCAGAAUUUUCUGGAGACGCUUUAGUCCGCCCCGAUUGGGGAACGGGUCUACCUCCUGCUCGUUCGCCAGCUGAAAACAGGCCGUGAAAGAUGAAGGAAGAAGCGCGAUACUCUGACCGCGUAGCAGCCUCGUCCGACGAUCGUCAGCGACGAAGAGAGUCCUAUUAUAGUGGAAUGCCUGAAUAUUUUUCGUAUGCUGUGUUUGUGUGCUAUCUAGGACCGCAAGCCCGACCUGUCGCGGAUCAAUCACGAUAACGAAAUCUAAGAAGGUACGCAUAUAUCGUUAUCGUUUAUAUAUAUGUGUCCUCGCGUUCUUCGUGGCAUCCUGUUUAUCCUGUCGAUCGGACAGCGACGAUGCGAGUCGCGGUCUCUUCGAAAGAAAUUAAGUCGCUAAUAAAAACAAAAAAUUCAGAAACAGAUGCCUGCUCCGUAGAUAACUUUGGCUUCGAACGUCGAUAUAGCGUUCUGAAAUCGUUCGCCAGGACAAAUGACAAUGUGCGCUAAUGGUGAGAAUCGAAUGCUAGAAUUAAAUUCCUUGAAAAUUAUUUUGCCACUUUUCAAUUCAAUAUAAGAAUAUUUAACGAGAGAGGACCAAGGGAGAUUCGAGCGAUUAACUGUGUGCGACGAACGAUUCUAGCAAGUUGGUUAAUAAACGCGUACUUAAUCGGAUAUGACUUAGAGCCAUGUGCGUUCAAGUGUGUAUCUACCUAUACUUUUGAAACGUGAUAAUUGUAAUUGGUAAUAUAGUUACAUGUAGUACGACGUGUUUCUAUAAAUAUUUGCUGUAUCUCGUGUGUGCUUUCAACGUUUUUACGAUGUCCGUUUCGGUGCAGCGAUAAAGCUGUACCGUUGUAUAUGUAAUACCAGAAAGACGAAGUAUUUUAACAAACAGUAUAAAAAAUUAAGGAUUGCAUUCGUGAAAAAUAUUUCGACAAAAUGAUUUCGUUCGGAAAGUCAGCGAAACUAUAAUUAUUUCAAAAAUAUUUGAUAUAUAUGAGUGGUUAUCAUCAUAUUAAAAAUAAAUCGACCUUGUUCUCAAAGAGUCUGUACGCAUAAACAUUUAUAAUUUUCAUUACCAACAAACACAUGCACACACAU